GUGGAGAGCUCCAGGACCAGGACUGGAGGAUCCACCAUCACAUCUCUGGAUGGCUGCACCGCUCAGUGACAGACAAGCCAAACCCACCGGGGAUAGCAUCCAGUAGAAGCAGCCAUGUCUCACGGAUGGGGAUACGGAGCAACUAACGGACCUGACAAGUGGGAAGGAGAUUAUCCUGUGGCUAAUGGGCCCAGACAAUCUCCCAUCAACAUUGUCCCUAAGGAGGCCCCAUAUGACUCCUCUCUGAGGGCUCUAAAACUCAAGUAUGACCCCUCCAACUCCUCGGGCAUUCUCAAUAAUGGACACUCCUUCCAGGUGGACUUUGUGGAUGACACAGACAGUUCCACCCUCACUGGAGGUCCUAUUUCUGGAACAUACCGGUUGAGGCAGUUCCAUUUCCACUGGGGAGCCAGUGAUGACAGAGGCUCCGAACACACUGUCAACGGCAUCAAGUUCCCCUGUGAGCUUCACCUUGUUCACUGGAACACUAAGUAUCCUAGCUUUGGAGAGGCAGCCAGCCAGCCUGAUGGACUUGCAGUAGUGGGGGUCUUUCUCAAGAUUGGUGCUGCCAACCCCAGGCUGCAGAAAGUGCUGGACAUGUUGGAUGCCAUUAAGACUAAGGGAAAGCAGACUACCUUCCCUAACUUCGAUCCAAAGACUCUUCUUCCUGGUUCUCUGGAUUAUUGGACCUACGAUGGCUCUCUGACCACACCUCCACUGUUGGAGAGUGUCACCUGGAUUGUCCUCAAAGAGCCGAUCAGUGUCAGCCCUGCCCAGAUGGCCAGGUUCCGUGGCCUCCUCUUCACUGGAGAAGGAGAAGCUCCAUGCUGCAUGGUGGACAACUACCGGCCUCCUCAGCCUCUGAAGGGCCGUCCUGUCCGCGCCUCCUUCAGAUAAACCCUGUUUCAUCUUCAUAGCCUCCUCUCCCCCUUGCUUAUCCUUCCAUCCUUUCCUGAACCUUCUUACUCCCUGAAUUUUUUCCACAUGCAGCCUUUACUUAGCUUAUAUUAGCCUUAUGGACAUCAACUUGAUAAGACAUAGAAAAACCCUCUGCUUACACUUUCUAUGACAUAGACUACUUGGAUGUAUCUAGAAUAAAAAAUCACUUUGAGUAAAUGUAAAGCUUUGACACUAUUAGGCCCCAAUUACACUUGCCAUUUCAAGUGCCUCACAUCCAGAUAAAGUUCAUGUUAUAUUAAAUACACUUUAAUUUACACUUAGCCACAGAUAGAUGUCUUGUUUGCCAGUCUGGAGCAUUUUUCCUGAUUGCUUCAAUGAGACACUAAUUUAAGUGUAAUUUUAGUGUAACUUAAGCUUCUGUUAUCAGCUAAGAGGAGACAGACCGUGGAUUUAAUGAUAACAUCAGACAGUGAGUUCUACAUCUAAAGCUUCCGCUGGAAGGGCUGCAUUAAGUGACUCAAUGUAAAUGAGAUCAUAGAUUGUUCACACGUGUGCCACUCAGAAUAUUACAUACACAUUUUCCUCUUUGCCUUACAGAAGAAGGUAGCAUAUGAAUUGUAGACUAUAUCAGCUAAAACAGGUCGGGACUAGUGAUCAACUGGAAAUUGUCACAAAUACUAACAAUGGGACAGGAAUUCUGGCCACUGAUCUCCUCAUUUU